AGAUGAAUAUUCUUCCUAGUUCAUUAUCAUCGACAUCAUCAUCAGCUGCUACGGCAUUCAUUACAACCAUUGCAACAAAUAAUAAUGACACAUGCACAUCAUCUAUCGAUAAUCGAUCAUCAAUAAUGAUUAAUAGUAAAUGUUCUGUUUGUGAUGAACAAUUACAAUUAUCUCAACAACAGAAUCAUGAACAACAACAACAACAACAGGAAUUAUCAUCGAUUCCAUAUCGAAUGUUAGCUGUUCGUCCUUCGAUUGGUUCGAAAGAUCCAUUUUUUCCAAUAUUAGAAACAUUAACACAAACAUCCGCUAUAACGGUACCUUGUUGUUUACGUUGUUCAGAUUUAUUAUUAGAACAAUGGAACGAAUUUGAAUUGAAAAAUAUCCCAAUCAAAAAUCGUUUAUAUAAUGUACCAAAGAUGAAAAUUAUUAAAUCAAACUUGAUGAUUAUGGCUGAUAAUAAUAAUCAUCACCAACAACAACAACAACAAAACAUUCGAAUAAAUCAUCGAUUGUAUCGAUCGCAGGUGUAACAACACCAACUGCAACAAGGAUAUUAGCUCAUCAAAUUAGUCUUUCGACAAACGAUAAUAAUAAUAAUGGUAAUUUAAUCAAUGUACAACAACAAAAAUCAGCUGCAAAAGAUACUUCAACAAGAACACCGUGUUUACAGGAUGAAGUACUUGAUCUUAGUAUGACCGGUGUGAAUUCAAAUUCAUCAUCAUCGACAACAAUGAAAAUUGAUUCGAAUAACAUCAAUCCAUCAAUGUUGACAAUGGCUGUUGAUACAACAACAAUGUCUGGAACAUUGAAUAAAUCGACAGUAUUGACUGGCCAUCGACCACGUACAAGUUCAUCAUCAAGCAGUGGUGGCGGUAUAGGUGAUAACAUCAUUGCAAUUAGUCCAUAUUCAUUAAAUUCAUCAAUGACUAAUCUGAUUAAAGUAUCUGCCAAUCCUGUUGUUUCAACAUUAAAUUUAUCAUCGAAUAAUAAUCAUUCAUCAACGUUAAUGAUGGCCAAAAAACCUUUAUAUAGCUGUACACUUUGUCAUGAACAAUGUACUGAAUUAUAUUCAAUUCUAUUACGUCCAAUGGGUAAUUGUCCAUAUUUUCCAUCAUUGACUCAAGAUAUUAAAAUACCUACUAUAAUUGAUUCAAAUGGAAAAAUUGGUGUUUGUGAAUCUUGUCAUCACCAAUUAAUAGUACAAUGGGAUUCUUAUCAAAAAUCCAACAAACCAAUAUUGGAACGAAAAUAUCAAUUAAUUCGUAAUAAACAGCACAAUCUAUCAGAAGUUGUUUUAAGUACCAGAAAUUCAACAAAUAUUAAUCAUCAUCCUCAUAAUCAACAACAUAAUCAUUUGAUUACAACAUCAACACCAACACCACCGAUAUCUCAGUCAUUUGUUUCAUUAGUUGCUGCCAAUAAAACAUUUUUUUGUGUUAUGUGCGGUAAAGAUCUAAUUGCAUCGAACAAUCCACCUACUUCCCAAUCAUCAUCAUUAUCAUCAGGUUCUUCCAUCAACAAUAAUAACACCAUUUCAUCAUCAUCACAAGCACAUAUAGCCUUUUCAAUUUUAACCGAAAACGAUACCUCUGGCAAUGUGAUCCAAAAGAAAUUGAUUGUCCAAAGUGCUCAAGAAAUCAAUCUCUUGCCUUUUAUACCAUCAUCAUCAUCAUCAUCAUCUUCACCAUUACAUUCAACGAAUACAACAACGUCUUCGUCGGCAAAUUCUUUAAAACAAUUGCAAUUGUUGCAUGAUAAUGGUCGUGUAUUGCUCUGUCAUUCUUGUUUUUCAUCGAUCAAUUCUUCAACGCCGUCAUUAUUGAAUCUUAAUAACUGUAGCAGCAGUAGUAGUAGUGGUAUUCAUUCUUCUUUGGAACAGCCGCAACAACAACAUACGAGCAAAGCAACGACGAAUCGAUCAUCAUCAUCUAUGCAUCAUUCAUCGAAUGAUUCAUUGAAUGCAAUGACAAAAACGAUUCUGAUACAGCCAACAUCCACGACAUCAACAACAACAACAUCGAUGGCGACUGCAACUACGACAACAACAACAACAACGAUGAUGAAGGUUCCAGAUGGAAAUGAACUAGGCAAUCAAAUAUGUGUUGCUUGUAAACAACAUAAAUCUGAAUAUUGGGUUGAAACGAAAGAAAAUUCUGAAAAGAAACCAUUCUAUCCAUUUUUACAACAUGAUGCAAAUGAAUUGGUCAAUAGUCGUGUUCGUGUUUGUGCGCAAUGUCAUUUAAUUCUGGAAAUUCAAUGGGACGGCUUUGAGAAUGGUUAUGUGCCGUAUAAUCAACGUGUAUAUCAAUUGUCUUCAUCGGCAAAACGUCCACCAUCAUCAUCGACUCAGUUUUCGUCAGUUGUUGCAGCCGUAACAACAACAACAACAGCAGCAGCAGUAGCAACAAGCUCAUCUUCAUCACCGGCCAUAAUUACACAGGUAGUUAAUGGGCAACCGGCUUGUCCAUUAAAGAUUCAGAUUGCUGUAUCAAAUUCGUCAUCAUCAUCAUCAUCAUCUCAACCAUCGACACUAGUCCUUGGUUCUGUUAAUCAUAUUCAGAAUAAUAAUCCUUCCGAACAUCUUUUGUUGACCACCGUGAGUACAACACCAAAUCAUUCAAUCAUCUCAACGAUAAAUAGCCAAGAUCAGCGUUACAAUAAACUAUUGAAUGAAUUAUUGGCCAGUAUUGGUGGUCCACACCUACAUCUAUCAGGCACUUGUUUGAUUUGUUCACAACAUAGUGCUACAGGUCAAACAUAUCAGAUAUUCUCAACUUCACGUAACGUAAUCCUAUCGGCCGAAUUAGGAAUCUAUCCAUAUUUUCCAAUGUUGAAAAGUUUAAUACAUACCACCAGCAAAAAAUCAUUAUCGUCUAAAAAUCAUAAUAUUGAUAAUAAUAAUAAUAAUUCACAUUUAGCUUGCACUUAUUGCUAUCAUUCAUUAAUGGCUCAAUGGAUUGCAUAUCAUUUGUAUAGUAAACCAGAAGAUCGUGAUCUUUCUGCUAGACAUUAUGAUUGUCGAAAUUUUGUCUGCUAUGUUUGCGGUGUUACCACCUAUCGACAAUUUGUGCGAUCAAUUACAGUGAAAGAUUUUCCUUUCUUACGCGAUCAUAAACGUCCUCCUGGUUCAUUGAAAUUAAAUAAAGGUGAAAGUGUAGUCACUUGUUUAACCUGCUAUCAAACAUUAACACAUCAAUGGAUCGAAAAUGAACGUAUGAAAGUACCGUUAGAGAUGCGAAAAUAUAAUUGGAUGGCUGUACCACCACCACCACCACCACCGCCGAUAACGACAGCUAUUAAAAAUGAGUCAAUUAAUGAGCCAAAUAGCAAGAGACCAACACAUUCCGAUCGAACGAUUAUUCCGAUUCUAGCGCAAACCACUUCACUUUCAUAUCAAAUUAACAAUGCCAAUCCACUUAAUCACAAUGGAAUUAUUUCGGUUCCUGUUUCAAAUGAAAUGAUACCUAAAGCAGCAAUAAUUGUCAAUGCCGGUAAUUUCGGUAACAACAAUAUCGUUAGCCAACAACAACAACAAUCGAACAACAACAAUUUGAAUGUAACGGCACCGACAUCAUUUAAUCCAUCACAUACAUUGGCACCAUUAGUAGCGGCUGCAAUGGCCGCUACACCUGUUACAAUCAAACAAGAAAUGAUAAAUGAAACAUCUACAAGUGAACCAAUUACAACAACCAAUAAUAAUGGCAGUAGUAGUUCACAAUCAUCACAAAUGAAUGUUACAACAACAACCGCAACGACAGUAUUGAGACAUCUGGCACGUCAACAAUAUGUCCAAAUUCAAUAUCCACAGCAAUUACUUCAGCAGCAACCACCUGAUUCUAGAUCGAAUCCAUCUAAUUCAAUAAAUUUGACAACAUUAGCUUCUGUUGCUGCAUUGGCUGGUAAUAAUCGUAAUUCAACGCCGGCUAUUAGCAACAAUAAUAAUAGUAUGGCAUCUCAUCAUCAUUCCAAUCAUCAUCAUCAUCACCAACAACAAUCAUCAAUCGAUAGUCAACAUUCAAUUCAUUCACAUUCAAAUCAUCAUCAUCAUCAUCAGGCUUAUGAGCUUCCAAAAGCUGUAAUAAAUUCAAACAGUUUUGCAUUACAUUUCAAUGCAUUAAACAAUAAUAAUAGUAAUAAUAAUGAUAGCAAUAAUAAUCAACAAAAACAUCAGCAAGCAAAAGCAUUGAAACCAAAAAUUGAACCGAAUGAAACAGAAGAUAUUCAACAACAGGCGAUGGCAAAUUGUUUGGCUAUGAAAAAGAAUCACUUGAAUGAUAAUAAUAUUCAACAUCAAUUACAUUGUCAACGACGUAUUGAUCGAACACAAGCACAGAUAAAAGAAUUGGAAGAAUCAAUUCAACAAGAAGAUUCAAAUGUGCAAGAUUUUGAUCAUAAUAAUUUAUCAAAAGUUAACUUAGAAGUGAUACAAUUGCGUAAAAAACGUUUAGCACAACUAAAUCGAUUGAAAGAAAAAAUUCAACAACUUGAACAACAAAUCAAUCAGCAACAGCAAUCACCAGAGAAUAUGAUGAUGGAGACAGAUGAAAAUUCUCUAUCCGAUGCUGAAUUGACUGAAAUUGAUGAAAAUCGUUCGCUAGACAGUGAUUUAAUUGACGUUUUCGAUGAAGAUCAUGAAUCAAUAGUUGAAUUUAUGGAUCAAGUUUUGCCACCAUUACCUUUGAAAGAAAAUGAUGACGAAGAUUUGGGCAAAAUGGAGUUUCUCUCAUUGCUCGGUUUGACCACUCAUCGUAUGAAACGUGAAGAUGAUCUCGAUAAUUAUAUUCAAACAAAAAUGAAUAGACGUUUAACCCAUGCUUCAUUCAAAGUUGAUUGGCUUUAUGAACAAGAAAAUGAUAUAUUGGAAGUUGAUCCAAAAUAUGAAACAUUUAAACGUUGGCCAUAUUUUCGUGAAAGUAGAAUAAAUCCUAAUUCGGAUCGAUUGCAUACAAAAGGUGUUCGAAAAAGUAAUAGAAAUAAAAUGCAAUUUUUCGAAACACUUGGGUUGAAGCCACCAACCAUGGAAAAUAGAUUAAAAACUGAAAUUAAUUGGCUAGCCGUUAUUCGUAAUCGUCAGAUGCGAAGAAAACGUCGACUUAUUUGUGUGGGUAAACAAUAUCAAAAUCUUGAUGAAAAGAUUCUUCAGACUUGGAUCCCAUCUUUGAUAUCAUCGUCCAUAUCAAAUGACAAUAAUUCGAAGCUUAUUGAACGAAUCAAUACAAAAGUCAUUCCAAAUCUUGAUGAUUAUAUCAAUUAUAAAGAAGAAUCUACGACCGAAUCUAAUGAUAAUCUAGAUCAACAACAACAUGAUGAGACUCAAAUUAUGACAUUUGAUUGUAAUCCCGCCGAAGUAAUAAGGCCGCCAUCUUCGUCUUCAUCAUCAAUGCAAAGGACAAUCAUAACACAACAACAACAACAACAACAAUCUAGCUCAACAUUUCAACAAUCGAAAAUGUUAUCAACCAAAAAUGAUCAAAAUACAAUUGUUGUGAUCAAUGACAAUCAUCAUCAACAACAACAACCAUCAGCUCAAACAACAACUAUAAUACCAGCGGCAACAAAUAAAAUGUUGGAUCCCAAACAAUUUGCACAAAAAUUUCAUGAAUCAGUAUUGUUAGAAACACAAAAACAAAUGAAUGGCAAACAACAACAACAGCUUCAAACUAAUGGAUCAAUUGUAAAUAUUAUCAAUUCUGAUUCCAUGCAUCACUAUCCAUUAAUGUUGACAACAACAACAGCAGCAACAACAUCGAACGCACAACAUGCCGCCAUUAUCUAUAGUGAUCAACAUCAUUUAAGGCCUGUCAUGAACAACAGUACAUCCAAUCCACAACAACAACCACAAUUAUUGAUUGAUCGUAAUGGAUUAAUAUCGACUAUCACGGCAACGCCUGCAACUGUCAUCACUUCGAUCAAAGUUCCUGCAACAUCUGCAGCAACGACAACAAUAACGCCUCCAGAUAAGCUAAAUAUUCGUGAUCAAAUUCUGAACUUACAACAUCGCAUUGAUGAUAUUAAUCGAGAAUAUUCAGGUUUAAAUGAAAAACGAAAUGAAAUCGUGAUGACAAUGCAAAAAUUAGAAAGAGAAAAAACAUUAUUUCAAUUGGAAAUUGAUCGCCUAUCUAAAUGUUUGGAUUGAAAAAAAAUUGGAAACAUUUGAUACAUUUUCUUCAUUGCCGCCAUCUAUGCUUGUCGUUUCUGUAAUAAUUUUUUUUAGAUUUUUCCUAUUUACACAGCUGAUAGCUUUUUGAUAUAUUUAGAAUUGAAUGAGUAAUACUCAGUAAUCUAAUCUCUCUAUCAUCAUCAUCGAUACAAUCAUCAUCAUUUUCAUUAAUCAUGAUCAUCGAUCGCUUCCACGUUAUAUACUCACCACACACACAUACACCCACCGAUCUAUUGGUGGACAAAUGAUAAUGUUACAGAAUAAGUUUUUUUUUGUUUGCAACCUUCUCCUCUUCAUUUUUGAAGUUAUUUGGAUCAGAUGAAGAUGGAUGAGAUGAGUUGGAGAUGAAUCAAAUUUUUUUUCUGUCUAAAUGUAAAUAUUUUUUUUGUAAUGAAUGGUGGCCAGACAGCGAAU